AUGGAGAAACGUCAAGUUUUUAGGCGUGGAGGCUCUAACUUUGUCAUGGAAGAUCUGAUCACUAGUUGCGAUCACAAUUAUGUGGAUUAUUUUCGUAAAGUUCCCAACUCCUUAAACCUAUAUACAUUUCGAGUUGUCAAAUUGGCAUCUAAGUUCACCAUUGACAUUGCUGUCAGGGUUUUAAAAACCAAAAGAGUGAUGUACAAAGUGGACAACUUGGAUGGCUGCUACUUCCUUACCAAUCCCCUCAUGAAUCGCGUUUUUGGUUCUGUUUACAAGAAACUGAUCGUGAAUGGUACAUUCUUUAACUGUCCCAUAAAGCCGGAUGUGUAUUAUCUGAGGAAUGAGGGAUCUGUGGAAAUGUUGCCCAGUUUUCAUCCACCGGGAAAGUAUCAGGUGACCAUGCGGGUCAAAAUGCACGAAAGUCCGGGUCCGUUUGUUAUGGAAAUGCUAUGGAUUUAUAGUGUUGUGAAAAUUAAAUAA